GAAUAUUUCAGAAUAAUUUUUAAGUUUAAGGUUAUAAGUAUUAGUAACAUUUAGUGGUAGUCCAGUUUAGUGGUAACACUGUUACUUCAAAACUUAAAUGGCUACGCUAAGUAUUGUACGUUAAAAUGUAUUUUAAUUUCAUACAUUAAAACAGACAUAAAAAUCACAUAUUAAUAAUGGAAGAUUUUAAUAUUGAUAUCGCACAUAUUCUUCAGAAUAGAGAUUUUAGUAUAAUACAAAAAUUAAAAUCAUAUUAUUCUAAUAUUCAAACAAAAAUUGCCGCUAAAGUUGAAGAUGCAACUACGUAUAAAAUUGAAUUUAUUGAGAAAAGAACACAAAAUGAUAAUAAAAUAUCAGAAUUACAACAGGAAGUGGAAAGUUUAAAAUCUGAGAUAGAUGCAACAGAUUUACAACAAAAAAUCGUAGAUAAAAAAAUUGCCAAUAUAAUAGAAGAACAAAAAAAUUUAGAAGAAGAAGUUAACAAAACAAAAUCAAGAAGAAAUAGUUUAUCUAUUGAAAUUGUUGAAUUAAAUGAAGAAUCAAAGAAAAGAAAAGAAGAAAAGUUAUUAAAAUGGAAAAGUAUUAAAUGUGCUUGUCAAACUUAUAAACAAUAUUUAGAUUUUCGAAUACGUUUAAUCAAUAACAAAGAACAAGAACAAAUUAAAGUAUCUUUUUUUAUAAAUGAUACUAAUAUAAAAGAUGAAUAUUUUGUACUAUUACUUAAUCAUAAUGAUCAAUGGAAAGAAGAAAUUCAUCCCACACUUAAAACUGAACAUUUAACAGAUUUUAAAGAAAUUAUUGAUUUUUCUAAGCAAGUAGAAAUUUCAAAUAUAAUUGCAUUUCUUUGUAAACUUAGGCAUAUUUUUCUUCAGUAUUAUUUAAAUAUAAAGUAAAACUAAAAUCUUAGAUAUAUUA